AGCCAGACUUCAUGAGUCAACGUAGUGUAUUUCAGCUAUAUAGCACAUUAUAUCUACCUUCGUAGUGUAUACAAACACAUUUGCUUGCAAAAUUGUCACUUGUCAUGCUGUGUUCAUUGUGGACUCGAUAAAACAUUGCUGUCUGCUUUUCACCACCCCAAGUCGACAAUUUUUUUCAGAAUUGCUAAUCCACAAAUUUAUUUGAUUAAUACCAGUUAAUAAUCUAAUUCUCGUUUCAACUUAGAUAUAUAUUCCAUCUAAUCAAAAUGUUUGGUUUCAACAUGUUUCCCGAGGUCCCUCGACCUUUCAAUACACAGUAUAAAUGUUUUUCCGUAUCUAUGAUGCCUGGUAAUGAUCGCCAGGACGUUGAACGUGGAGGAAAAAUCAUAAUGCCACCUUCAGCUCUGGAUACAUUAACAAGAUUACAUAUUGUUUAUCCCAUGUUAUUUAAGUUGACAAAUAAAAAAACUGAUAGAAUGACCCACAGUGGAGUUUUAGAAUUUGUAGCUGAUGAAGGCAAAGUUUAUCUUCCGUAUUGGAUGAUGCAUAAUUUACUUCUGCAAGAAGGAGACCUACUUAAUAUUGAAUGUGUGUCACUACCAGUAGCCACUUAUGCUUGUUUUCAACCACAAUCUGAAGAUUUUUUGGAUAUCACUAAUCCUAAGGCUGUGUUAGAAAAUGGGUUGAGAAGUUUUGCUUGUCUUACUGCUGGUGACAUGAUAGCCAUUAAAUACAAUUCAAAAAUAUAUGAAAUGUGUGUUUUAAAAACUGAGCCAGGCUCAGCUGUUACUAUAAUUGAGUGUGACAUGAAUGUGGAAUUUGCCCCUCCAGUGGGCUAUAAAGAGCCUGAAAAACCACAGCCUAAGGAAGAAGAUAAAGUUCAUCCCGCAGAUUUAAUGCCAGAACCAACUGGUUUCAUUGCUUUCAAAGGAUCAGGAAAUAGACUAGAUGGCAAGAAACGAAAGGAUAGCUCUCAAAAAGAACUUCAAACGGCAAAACCAACCUAUGUGAGGGGAAUACCUGAUUAUGAGUACAAUAUUGGUACUCUUUCAUUUUUGAGAAAUAUUAUGCAAAUCAAUGAUAAAGAGGAAAAAACAGAGGAAGAAGUAUUCCAAGCUUUCACUGGAGAAGGAUUUUCUUUGAGGAAGCCUAGAAAAUAAUAAAUAAAUGGAAUAAAUUUUAUUAUAAAUCUAUCAGUUUUAUUAUAAAAACAAUACAUCAAUUUGAAAAAGCAUUCUUUAUAAAUCACAGUCUAUGGUAUUAUAAGUACCAUUUUGUGUAAAAAUGCAUUCAAAUGUUUAAAAUUUUUGUAAAUAUAAUGAUACUUAUUCUAAGUGUAAAAAAUUAGU